UGCGGGGAAGAGACUUGGCAAGAACACCAGCCCAGAGGAAGCAGUCAUAACCAGGAGCCCCAAGAACAAUCCAGAGACCCUUCGUCCACUAGUGCAUCGCCCACCCGGGCUUCAGGUGGCCCGUUACCAGCCAGAUGUUCACUGCAAACGCAAGAACCAGGCAGCUAAAUGGCACCUGCACCAGCUCAGUGGACAUGGAGCUCUUUCUCCAUUACUCCAUCAUCCCAUCACUUUUCAUCAUUUUGGUCUUGUCCCUCCUACAAAGACGAGAGCAUGGUAGACAGACAGACGACACUUCCUACCUCCUGGGGAACCACUUUGGAAUCAUCAUGCCUCUGGACUUCGUGGGGACUUUCAGUAACCGGUGGUCCUAUGGAAUCGCCUUUGGGGCCACAGCCAAUAAGAUCAUGUUCUUGUUCUCAGAAGGCUACCAGCCCCUGCAGGUCCCGCAGUGGGCCCAAGCUUUUGUGCUUCUGAUCGGAGGCUUCGAGGUCGGCCUGUCCUUCUUCCCCUUCUUCGCCUGCCUCUCGUCCGAGUUCCGGCUGACCAGCUCCAUCCUGGGCUUCUGCUACUCCCUGCUCUGGUUUGUACUCACUGUUCUUCAAAUCUCAGAGUGUCCUCAUGGGCAGUUUGUGGGGAGGUACGAGACCCUGCUCUUCUACUGGCCCUCGCUGCUGUGCCUGGCUUUCUUGCUGGGCCGCUUCCUGCACAUGUUCGUCAAGGCUCUGAAGGCCCACCUGGGCUGGGAGCCCCGCGCGGAGGAAAAGCCCCUGCUGGAAGCUCAUCAGGCCGAGCAUGUCAAACAGCUCCUGAGGAAGGCCUGCCCACGAGAGAGAGAAAAGUCUUGGUUCCAAACCAGGGUAUAUGACUGGGACCCCUGUUUUCAAUUCCCAAGCAGAAUGGUUGGAACUAUCGUGUUGGCGUUCAUCUGCCUGUACCUUUUCAUCAUCAUUGAGUUCUGCAUGUUUGUGUUCGUGAGAGACAAGCUGGAUGUGUUUGAAGGCAAGCUGGAGAGUUAUAUCGCCUUAAUGAACGAGACGGGGACCCUGACCCCAGUCAUCUUGCAGGUGAAGGAGCUGAUCAGUGUCUCCAAAGGAGUCUGGGUGGCUACAAUUUUGCCCGCAUCUCUCACGAGUGUGAGCUAUCUGUUCCAUAUUUUGGCCUGUUACAGAAAGCACAUGAAGAGGCUGUGGGCAGGAGAUAAACACUUUCUCCCUUUGCGGUUCCACAAUCCUUCCCCGUCUGAGAGUGUGGUGGCCAUUGCAAGGUACUCCGGCUGGCAAAUAGCUUAUAUUCUGUGGGGCUACCUCAUCAUCCAUGUGAUGCAGAGCCUGUGUGGCCUGAUGAUCAUGUAUGGCCUGGUGCUUCCUGUCACCCACCACAGGGGCCUGGAGAUGCUCCGAAGGCUGGGACUUGGGAUCCUCACCAUCUCCAUCAUCCUGGGCCUCAUGAUCCUGCAGAUGUGGAUUGCCGCCAGCUUCUUCCUGCAGCCCAAGCUGGGCCCAGGGGACAAGCAGAAGCCCUUGGCUCUCAAUAACAGGAAAGCCUUCCACAACUUCAACUACUUCCUGUUCUUCUACAACGUGCUGCUGGGCCUGGGCGCCUGCCUCUCCAGGUUGCUCAUCAGUUGCGUCCUGGGCACGUGGCUGAUUGCGCGCAUCGACAGGACCAUCAUGCAGAGUGGCUAUGAGGGAGCAGACAUGGGGUUCAGCGCGUGGAUCGGCAUGCUCUAUGUGGACCAUUAUCACACCAACCCCGUGCUCGUCAGCUUUUGCCACAUCCUGAUCACAGGCCACAGGGAGAGGAAGCUGCAGAAGGCCAUCAAAUACUGGUGCCUGGACCAAUCAGCGGGUCCCCGCAUCUCAGCUAGGUCCAGGACGAGGUGGCGCCUGCUGCAGACCCUGAUCAACAACCCCAGACUCGUCAUGCUCAGAAAAUCAAAAUCAGGACAUGGUUCCCAGGAGUUUACCCAGAUUCUGUUGACGUGCUCAGAGAGCUGACACUGGCGACCCACAUCUGCUCUGAGGCCAGUCUUUAGGGUGGUGGGAGAGAAGGAAACCCGAG